CCUCCAGCGCUCGCCCGCGCGGCUGGUUCAUUUGGGAUGCGGAGGUGCGACGGGUCCUCCGCGCCCGCCCGCCGCCCCUCCCGGCCCUCCGCAGCCUCGGCCCGCCCCCGCCGCAGAUAUAAGACGGCCCAGGCAGUGGCUGCUCCGAGCCCCGACGCCGCCGCCCGCCAGCCAUCCCGCGUCCCCAUGGCCCGGUCCGCGACCCUGGCGGCUGCCGCCCUGGCGCUGUGCCUGCUGCUGGCGCCGCCCGGCCUCGCGUGGUACAAGCCGGCGGCCGGGCGCAGCUCCUACUCCGUGGGCCGCGCCGCGGGGCUGCUGUCCGGCUUCCGCAGGUCCCCGUACGGGCGGCGCUCUCAGCCCCACAGAGGGGCGGAACCCCUGGGCCGGGCCGGAGCCUCCCCGGAGCUGCAACUGCACCCCAGGCUGCGGAGCCUCGCUGUGUGCGUCCAGGACGUCGCCCCGAACCUGCAGAGGUGCGAGCGACUCCCCGACGGCCGCAGGACCUACCAGUGCAAGGCAGACGUCUUCCUGUCCCUGCGCGCAGCCGACUGCCUCGCCGCCUGAGCCCGGACCUCUCCUGGCACCAAUGGGGCCCCCCCGCCCCCACCGUCCCACUCGGGGACCCCAGGCCCCGCCGGCGCGGGAUGGCGCCCCAGCUCUCCCCUACUCCGCUCACCCCGCGGUUAAUGGCAAACGAAUAAAUAAAUGAGGCGGCCUCGGA